AUGGCGGCAAACGGCGGCAGCGCGGGCGGGGCGCAUGGCGCGAACGGGACCGGGUUCACGCCGCACACGGUCCGCGGCGACGGCCAGGGACAGGUCCUAGCGAGGGCGCAGGGCGCCGCGUCCCGCACGCCCGGGACUUGCGGCGUGCAACCUAAGCGUCUGGGCGGGCUGGAGAAGACGACGGGGCUCGGGGCCGCGCUGGGGAGAUCGAAUAUGUUCGGCACGUUCCUCUACACCGGGCACUCCGACGCCCGGCGGCAUAAGGACGACGCGGGCGCGCAGGACGACGGCAGGCCCGCCGGGCGCGAAGGGAGCGCGCGCGACACCACUACCUCCUCUCGCGGCACCGAGGCCGCUCGCCCGGACGCGUCCCCGAAACACACCCCCAAGAAGCGGCCGGCGGAGAGCGCGGUGCUGCGCGCCGCAGCCGCAGCCAGCGCGGCGCCGCACUCCCCGUCGACGUCGCACAAGCGGCGCAUGCUCGAGGACAGCCCCGCGCCCCAGCGCACGGAGGACCGCGCCAACGGCAAGGAGGCCCAAGACCCGCUGCCCGUCUCUGUGCCGGCGGACACCAAACAGGACGACGGCGGCGACGACGACGACGUGCAGAUCGUUGCGGAGACCGGUAACGUCGCGGAGAAGACCGAGGAGGAGCUCCUGCGCAUGCCGGUGCUCGAGCGCUGCCAGUGGGUGCACGCGCGCAUCAUGUCGGGCGCACUGGGCUCCAAGGCCGGCGGGGACGACGAGGCCGCGCUGCUGACGCUCGGGGAGCUGGAGGACGCGUGUGGGGAGCAGGCCGGGCGCCUCAAGCCGUACCAGGUCGUCGGGGUGUCGUUCCUGUCGCUCCUGCAUCGCUACCGCAUCCCCGCGAGCAUCGUCGCGGACGAGAUGGGGCUGGGAAAGACCUGCCAGGUGCUGACGUUCCUGAACUACAUCGAGGCCGUCGAGCGCGACCAGUCCCCGCACCUCGUCGUCGUCCCCGUGUCCCUCAUCGACAACUGGAACAACGAGGUGCGCAUGUGGUGCCCCGACUUCCGCGUCGAGACGCUCCACGGCGCGGGCCUCCAGGACGCCAAGGCCGCGCUCGAGGACGCCCGCGUAGCCACCAAGCGCCUCCGGAAGCUCCAGGCGCAGCGCGGCGACCCCGCGGGCGCCGCCGCGCCGCCGCCAUCGCCCGAGGACGAGUUCGAUUGCGGGUUCGACAUCCUGCUGUGCCCGUACUCGGUGUUCGAGCGCGACACCGCGGCCGCGAAGGGCUCGCGCGAGGCGCUGCGGCGCGUGGCGUGGUCGCACGUGGUCCUGGACGAGGCGCACGCGGUCAAGAAUCGCAACUCGGCGCGCUCGAAGAAGCUCAAGACCGUGACGGACCUGUGCCGGCGGCGGAUCCUGCUGUCCGGCACGCCGCUGCAGAACUCGCUCGACGAGCUGCACGCGCUGGUGGAGCUCAUCUUGCCUGACGUCAGGGGGGUGUCUCUCACGGACCUCCUGCGCGAGCACCGGCACCUGCCGUCCGCGCCGACGGCGAAGGCCGCGGACGACGCCGCGCCCGUGAUCGACCUCGCCGGCGACGACGACGACGACGACGGAAUGGACCGGGGGCCUGUUCCGGACCCCCCCCAGGAGAUCGAGGACCCCGACGAGGCCGAGCUCGUCGCGGGCGUGCGGCGGCUGCUCGCGCCGCUCAUGCUGCGGCGCAUGAAGGCGGACGUCGCGGGCCAGCUGUGCGCGAAAGAGCAGGUCGUCAGCGAGGUGGAGAUGGUGCCGCGCCAGGCCGCGCUGUACGGGCAGGAGAUGGAGCGCGUGCGCGAGCAGGUGCGCGGCGCGGGCGGGGCCGGGCGGGGCCGCGGGCGCGGCGAGGCGGAGCUGCUGAAGGACGGAGGCGUCGGCGCGGAGAGCAUCAUUGCGCAGCUGGGGCGCAAGAAGAUUUCCAACCUGUUCGUCCACCUGCGGAAGAUCUCGUACCACCCGCUGCUGGUGCGGAACCGCUACACGGACGCGACCGUCGAGGAGAUGACCAAGCUCUGCUACAGCAGGGGGGUGUUUGGCAGCGAGGCGACGCUCGAGAUGGUGCGCGAGGAGCUCAUGAAGCGCAGCGACAUCCAGCUGCACGGGCUCUGCGAGGAGCAGCCCCACCUGCUCGGGAAGUUCGCGCUCCCGGACGAGGCCUGGGCCGAGUCCGGCAAGAUCGAGCACCUGACGAAGCUUCUCGCGGAGCUCCGUCGCACCGGGUCCCGCCCGCUGAUCUUCUCCAACUGGACCACUGUCCUGGAUAUCCUCGAGAGAGUGUUGCGCCAAUUGAACUACUCCUUCGUCCGCCUGGACGGCUCCACGGGCAUCGCGGAGCGCCAGUCGCUCGUCGACCGCUUCAACUCGAACCCGCCGCCGCCCUUGGACCCCGACGGCGGCGCCCCGCCUGACGCGGACGGCGAGGGGGGUGUGUUUGCGUUCCUGCUUUCUACCCGCGCGGGCGGGCAGGGGCUCAACCUGACGGGCGCGGACACCGUCAUCCUGCACGACGUGGACUUCAACCCGCAGGCCGACCGCCAGGCCGAGGACCGCGCGCACCGGCUCGGGCAGGAACGCACGGUGAAGGUGCACCGUCUGGUCACCAAGGGAACUGUGGACGCUCGGAUCCACGAGCGGUCGCAGCGGAAGGCGGAGCUCGGGCAGGCGGUGCUGGCGGACGGGCAGGAGGGCGCGGCGGGAGGCGCCGCUCGCGACGAGCGCGACAACACGCGCAUGAUGGGCGAGAUCCUGAUGGACCUGGUGAACGGAGACGAGAGCUGA